AUCAAGGUCUCUACGCCGUUGACCUUUGAUCUCUGAACCUCUUUAAAGUGAUUGAAGAUAGAAAUCAAAGGAACAAUAAUGGCAUCGGCAAACAUUGCAAAGAACCAGCUCACAACACCGACGCAGCAGUCGCGGUUUGAACUCGGCGUGUGCAUGGCAGUCUACGCUUGGGAGAUCUUGACGGUCGCAGUCCAGAGCGGAUGGGGAGGUCCAGAUGGAGCGGAUAAGAGGGAUUGGAUGACUGGCUCGAUUGUUGAGCUUUAUGAAUCGCAGGAUGAAGUCGAUUCUGAGGAUAUCGAGGCCCGACUUUUGCAGGUUAUGGAGGACGAAUUCGAAGUUGCAGUCGAGGAUGACUCCGCUUAUAGUGUGGCCGAGCAAAUCGUCCGGAUAUUCGCGCAAUGCAAGGAAAACGACUUUUCGCUUGUCGACAAUCUGUAUCAGAAAUAUCUUGCGAAGCAGAACAGUAGGUCGACCUCUGCUCCUGUCCAGGUUGUUGAGCAGGCUGAGGUCUCGGAUGAGGAUGACUACUAGUGUGACGUGCUGAUUCUGUUGCGUGUGUAAUUGUAUGGUGAUUUUCGGCGUUUUGUUUUCUCGUUGAGUGUUGUGAAAUUUGUGUGGUGUGCAUAUGGAUAGAGAAAAGUUUUUGUUCUACUUUACUUUCAUCUUAUCAUUGAAUUAGUUUUUAUAAUAAAUUGAAUCCAACA